AUGGACCCGACCGGGCCUCGUCCCGCCGCCAACCCCGACCGCCCCUCCACCACCACCACCUCGAAAUCCACCGGCGUUGUUCAGCCCAAACCGCAAGCCCUCCCCCGCCGCUCUGGCCCCGCCAGUAUCAUUGUCUCACCGCGUCAAAAAGGCAACCGCCUCCUCGAGCUCAUCCGCAGUGUCCCUUGGGAAUACGGCGACAUACCCGCCGAUUAUGUAUUAGGAGUCACCACCUGCGCGCUCUUCUUGAGCUUGAAAUACCACCGCCUGCAUCCGGAAUACGUCUACACGCGCAUCAGGAAUCUGCAAGGCAAGUACGCGCUGAGGGUAGUGCUGGUGCUGGUGGAUAUCCCGAACCAUGAAAACCCACUACGGGAGCUGAGCAAGACGAGCUUGAUCAAUGGCGUCACGCUUGUUCUAUGCUGGAGCGCGGCGGAAGGCGCACGAUACUUGGAGCUCUUCAAAAGCUACGAGAACGCGGCUCCGACGGCUAUCAAGCAGCACCAGAGCACCAAGUAUGCGGAUCGGAUGGUCGACUUCAUCACCACACCGCGAAGCAUCAACAAGACGGAUGCCGUGGCGCUCGUGAGUCAGUUCGGGAGCGUGAGGACGGCGGUGAAUGCGCGGCAUGAGGAUGUGGCUGGGAUUGCUGGAUGGGGUGAGAAGAAGGUGGAGAGAUGGUGCAAGAGUGUGAGGGAGCCUUUUAGGGUGCAGAGAGCUGCGAAGAGGGGGCUGGGGAGGGAGGCAUCGAGUAUGCAGAGUGGGCCGAUUAGUCUGAGUCGGGGUGGAACCAGAGGGGAGAGUGGGACGCCUGGUAUGGGCAUGAGGGAGGAGGAUGCGAGCCUCUGGGAUGACGUUGGGGAGGCUGAUGCUGAUCAGAGGCCUGAUACGCGCGUUGCAGAAGAGGUCGACCCGGUGCAGGACGACGAAGGCGAAGUCGAAGCAGCGAAUGCUCAAGCCAUGUCUACGAUUCCUGUUGUGAGGCCAAAAGAGGUAGCCAAGCCACAAGACGAGCCACCCGCGAAGAAACGCAAGCAAACCGACGACCCGGUUGGCGACGGUGUCAUGGCUGCUCUGAGCAAGCUAAGGAAAGAUGGAGGAUGA